CUUCAGUCUGGUCCGUGAAUGAGGCAUUCUGCAUAUCCAUGGCGACCACACUGCAGACUCUCCGGAGUUUGCAUAGAAAUGAGAAAAAUAAGAAUGAAAGAGACGAGGGCAAGGACUCACACUCACAAAACCACGCACACACUCCCUUUUCUCUCCCUGCAGUGUGCCAAAAAGCACAAACAUUCCCACGUGAUGAUGGAGUUUGCUCCCUCCCUCGCUGGGCGGACAAUAGCGCGCUGCUGGCUGGCGCACCUCCACGCGCACACUUUCGCAGAGUGGAGUCUCAACUCGGUCAGGACACGGGUCAGAUUUAAGAUACGUUUCCCCCUCGGAGACGCUGUACGGAACCGACACUCUGAGGAAUACAGUCUUGCUUCUUCCCUUCUUGGACACAGUGGAGGAGUAAACUGUAAUUUGUUUCCUCCAAAUGGGAAUUACAUGUGCGCGUGAAACUUCGGCUAACUUUUCUCCUCAGUGAUUGUCAGCUCUGCUUCGCUCGUGCAACAUGCCGGAGCGAAUCAGCAUUUCGGACUUUGUAGUCCUGACGAACGAGGACUUGUCUUCGCCGGGGACUUCAAGUUUUCAGUCCAAAAUGAGCGACUGUCGGAGCACAGUUUCAACCGUGGAAGAGUCCCUGGAGAUGGACCACACAGCCCUACAGAAAAUGAAGAAGAUGAUCAAAACUAUACACACCUCUGGACUCACCCAUGUGGACAACAAGGAGCAGUAUAUUGAGGUGCUGGAGAACCUCGGGAAUAGUCACCUGAUGCAGGACAACAACGAAGUCUCCACGGGCUUCCUCAACCUGGCAGUGUUCACUAGAGAGGUCACAGCACUCUUCAAAAAUCUGGUGCAAAACCUCAACAACAUCAUGUCGUUUCCUUUGGAGAAUGUGCUGAAGUCAGAACUCCGAGACAGCAGACUGGAGCUCAAGAAACAGAUGGAGAAGAGUUGGAAGGAAUAUGACAUCAAAAUAGGGAAGCUGGAGAAGGAGAGGAAGAGCAGGCAGCUGGGGCUAAUCAGGACGGAGGGAUCAGAUGGAGGGGAGGAGAUGGAGAGAGAGAGACGGACCUUUCAGCUGCAAAUGUGUGAGUAUCUUUUGAAGAUCCAGGAGCUGAAGGUGCGUCAAGGCCCCGAUCUUCUCCAGAGCCUCAUCAAAUAUUUUCAGGCCCAGCUCAGUUUCUUUCAGGACGGGCUGAAAGCUGCAGAGAAUCUUGCCCCCUUUGUGGAGAAGCUUGCUGCUUCUGUUCAUACGGUGCGUACGGACCAGGAUGAGGAGGUUAAACAACUGACUCAACUGAGGGAUUCUUUGAGAUUACUUCUGCAAGUGGAGGGGAAAGAGGAAUACUUGAACAGGAAGAACUCAGGUAACGGGUACAGCAUCCACCAACCCCAGGGCAACAAGAAGUAUGGGACAGAGAAAUCUGGCUUCCUGCUCAAGAAGAGUGAUGGGAUCAGGAAGGUUUGGCAGAAGAGGAAGUGUGGAGUGAAAUUUGGCUGCCUUACAAUUUCUCACAGCACGAUCAAUCGACCGCCAGCUAAGCUGAACCUCCUGACCUGUCAGGUGCGACCAAACCCGGAGGACAGAAGGACCUUUGACCUGGUCACUCAUAAUCGGACGUACCAUUUCCAGGCAGAAGACGAGCAGGAAUGUAUGAUUUGGGUGUCAGUGCUGCAGAACAGUAAAGAAGAGGCCUUGAACACAGCAUUGGGAGGAGACCAACUCCACCUCCAGGACAGCGGGCUUCAAGAACUUUCCAGAGCAAUCAUCGCCGAGCUCCGACACAUGCCUGGAAACGAGGCCUGUGCUGACUGUGGAGCCCCAGAUCCAACAUGGCUGUCGACCAAUUUGGGCAUCCUGACAUGUAUAGAGUGCUCCGGCAUCCACAGAGAGCUGGGAGUCCACUACUCCAGGAUCCAGUCCCUUACUCUGGAUCUACUUAGCACAUCUGAGCUUCUGUUGGCAGUCAGUAUUGGCAACACAAGAUUCAAUGACAUCAUGGAGGCAGGCCUUCCAAAUGACUCCAUCAAACCAUUACCACAUAGUGACAUGAAUGCCAGAAAAGAGUACAUAGUGGCAAAGUACGCCGAGCGCCGGUAUGUCCUGCGCAGGGAAGAAGCAGAUCCUGGCCGGCUGUAUGACGCAGUGAGGAGUCGUGACAUCACUUCUCUUCUGCAGCUCUUUGCAGAGGGAGCAGAGCUCGCCAAACCGCUCACACUCCCUGAUGGACAGGGGAUCAAAGAGACUGCUCUUCAUCUAGCUGUGCGUCUGGAGGAAAAGAGCUCGUUGGCACUGGUGGAUUUCCUCUGCCAGAACAGCAACUGUUUGGAGAAGAGGACAGGAGAAGGAAACACGGCUCUUCACUACAGCGUCCUGCAUCACAAGCCGGAGUCUCUAAAGUUACUCCUCAAAGCAAAGGCAGCACUUCAAACAGUGAACUCAGCAGGAGAGACUGCCCUCGAUGUCGCUCGGAGGCUGCAGCACACACAAUGUGCUGAGCUGUUGGAACUGGCCCAGAAUGGGAAGUUCAACUCACAGAUCCACGUGGAGUUCAUGUGGGAGACACAGUCUCAGGAGUUUUAUGACAGUGAGGAUGACUUGGAUGAGAGGGUGAGCCCUUUACCCAAAAACCGCUCUCCCUCGGCCACAAACGGAGGUGGCGGCUCUUCCUUUUCCCGCUGGAGUGUGGUUAACGGUGCCAACAGCAGUCCGGGAAGCAGGCCGUGUCAGACGUAUGAGAAUCUAGAAUUCUUAUACAGAAAUCCUCCAACCAACAGCGCCCCAUCUGGAGCAUCAGCGCCACCACCACCACUUCCAGCUAAAUCCAUACAGAGAGGUCGCUCAGACCCCCAGAUUUCUGUGACUACACAGGAAAGCAAUGGGGUCCCACGGCGCUGUUCUAACCCCAGCUCUGCCAGCCCCCAGACACAAGCAAGACACAGCACACAUUCACCAAACACAGAAAACCAAGGCCAAGGAGGCAGAGCACCAAGGUCCCUCCAUGGACAAGGAGGUCUAGCGAAGGGGAUGAAAGAGGGCCAACCUGGUGCUAGUUUUGGCUCUCAAAGUAGUGUCACAUCAACAUCCUCUCAGAGUCACAUAGGGCCUGUUAGUUCAGAGAAGACCACAUCGUAUCGUCGGACUAGCAGUGGAGGAGGCAGUCAGGGGAAGUGUGGUGUAUUGUCCCCCAGCUGUGUGGGCAGUCAGGAGGAACUCUACUGCAGCUUAAUUGGGAACAGUUCCCCAACUCCAGCUCCAACUCCAGCACCAGCACCAGCACCGCCCUCACCCACUGUGACCUGUGUCCCACGACCCCGCAGGAAUGCUAUGGUGUCUGGCAGCAGGCCACAUCAGAAGCGUGUCAGGGCUUUAGUGGACUGCAGGGCAGUCAGUACAGAGCAGCUUGCCUUUUUCAAAGAUGAGAUCAUUGUGGUCACAGCCACUAGUGACCCCCACUGGUGGGUUGGUCACAUAGAGGGGGAUCCAACCCGGAAUGGGACCUUUCCUGUCAACUAUGUACACAAACUGUCGGACUGAAACAGAAUGAACAUUAACAUACAAACCUAAUGUAUGGUUAUAUAGCCAGGCAAGUAAACCAGCAUGGGGUGUACUGAGUCAUCACACAGUGGAUGGACAGCGUUUUUAUCCAAACUCAAGCUGAGACUAAAAUGUUUGAAAAAAUGAGAGUAUGUCUGUGCGAGGAUAUACCAACCAAAGGAUACCUGAGGAAUCAAAUGACACCGCUUUAGAGAUUUUACUCUCAAACAUUUACUCAUGAUGGAGACAUAAGGGGACAAAAAGCUUCUGCAGCCUCAAAAAACUUCUCAUACAUGACAUUAUUUGUGGGUCUAUCAUUUGUUUCCUGACAACAUCAUGUUUCUCCAGUUGUCUAAAACCAUGAACCAUUGUUAAAAGGCAUGCAUUCAUUUGUGGUUAGGGUAUAAAAGUGCUCUGAAGACACAUGAUGUUGCAGUUCUGGGAUCUGCUCCUAGAGGCAAAACUUACCUGCAGGGAAAAAAACCCUUAAAGGCACUUUACACAGAGAAGAAGACUUCUGAAGAUUUAGCAGAUAUGUAAACAUGAGCACAGCCAGCUUCUGUAUAGGGAUGUAGCUGCUUUAGUUGUGAAUGGAACCUUCCUUGUCUUUUUGAAUCACGGUGUACUGAGAGAAUGGUUUGAGCUCCAAACCUGCCCAGUGUUUGUUGCAGCCUGCCCUGGGACUCUAAAAGUGGCUUUGAGCCUGCCAGUCUGUCUCCAACAAAACUGGCAGGCGUCUGGGCAAACCCGUGGAGAGAUGUGAAACUUUAGCUCACCAUCGUGAAUCUGGGCACCGUGCACCGGCUGCAUGAAGAGUGGGGGGGGAUCUAAUUUCUUCUGGCUCCAAGCUGCUUGUCUCUGGAGAACCUGGAAUAACGGUGCGCUGUUAUAGGAAAAAGACUCUGCUAUACCAGGAAAUGGCACUUUGAAAGAGCUUGUUAGUAACAGCACCCUGCUGCUGUAAUACAUUCAGUGAACACACACACACACACACUGUUGUUGCAUGUGUGUGAAACACUUCUACAGCAUGGACUGAACAGCUCCCAGGAUUUAGGAACCUAAAGGGAAGACUUGGGAGUGUGUGUGUUUGGGGGGAUGGGGCAACUGCUCCACUUUUUAUACUAGUAACAAACGCCAAAUGUAACAUUUCAAAUCUAUGACACAAUUUGUUGUACAUACUUGUCUAAAAAUGUCCACAGAUGUACAGUAUAUAUAACCUGUUUUUAUGUGUUGUAAGCAUUGUAAAGGAUUGUAUCAUAACAUAUAGUUUAGCCUCAUUUUGGUGAUUUGAUGUCCUCAGAUUUGAUUGCAUUUAUCCUGGGAUCUGUUUGUCCAAAUGGCUGUCAGAGAGAGAAAAGGGGAUUAGAGACAUGAUCAGUGUUCUCAAAAGAUCCUCUGUUAUAAAACUGAAAUCAAACACUGACAGUGAUGAGCACACAGUAGGAAGCAGGUUGCCUUUAAUCACUCCUGACUUUGAGCAACCUGGUGAGUCGUCUGUUUGCUUGUCACUGUUUCUCCUGAUGUCAUCUCCUUAUGCUAUCGAUCAAUAGGCAAAGCUCAUUAGAGUACAGCUUCAAGAAGGAACCCAGCAGUAAGUAGAUCUACUUGUUUUAGCUAGUAUAUUUGUAACAAACCUUAAAACAUGUUAAUAAAGUGCCAUACUGCUUUUAUUGUGUAAA